CUUUCUUCAAAUCGAAUCUCACAGUUGCCGCCCAACACUCUCCCUUUCUUCACAUUAAAAUCUCGCCGCCGAUUAAGGAUGAUGAGCAGAAGAGCUGCUGUUUCUGCAGUCAAUCUGAUUCAUGGAAGAGGAUAUCUCAAUCGAUGGUCGCAUAAAUCGGGUAUUCUCUCUCCUGUAUUCUCUCUCUUCUCUUCCAAGGCUUUUCAACCUAAGCAGCCCAGAAUCGAUUUCAGUUGUGUUAAAAAACUUGACGAUGCUAUUGAAUUGUUUCAAAAAAUGAAGAGUAUGCGGCUGGAGGCUCCUGUUUUCGUGUAUAGUAAACUUAUGAGUGUUAGUGUAAAGAUUGAGCAAUAUUAUUUUGCUCUCCAUGUGUUCGAUGAAAUGCUUAGGAUGAGUGUCCCUGUUGAUGUUUACACAAUGAAUAUUGCCGUCAACUGUUGUUGUAUCUUAAAAGAUAUAAACUCUAGUGUUGCUAUAAUGGGAUUCUUUUUUAAGAAUGGUUACGAACCAAAUGUUGUGACUAUCGGCACUCUCAUUAAAGGGUUUUUUAUGGAUGAUAAGGAGGCUGAAGCUGUGAAAUUGUUUGAAAAGGUUCUGGAUUUAAAUCUUUGCGAGCCAAAUGGUGUUAUGAUUCUGCAUAUUAUAGAUGGGUUGUGCAAAGUUGGACAGGUCAUGGCAGCCCAUGAAUGGCUUCUUAGAUUAGAAAGUAGUGGGUCGAGAGUCGAUGUUUGGAGUUAUAGUGCGUUAAUUGACGGAUUUUGCAAAGUAGGAAAGAUGGAAGAGGCCGUGAAUGUGUUGGAAAACAUGAGAAAACAAAAGAUUUCUCCCGAUGUUGUCACUUAUUCUUCGCUUAUUGAUGGGUUUUGUUUAAGGGGGGAGAUCGAGAGAGCAAACCAACUACUUAAUUCCAUGGUAGAGAGGGGCCUUAAACCCAAUAUUGUCAGCUAUAACAGCUUAAUAAAUGGAUAUUGCAAAGUGGGGAGCCUCGAUGAAGCUUGGCUUCUUUUCCUGGAAAUUCCCAGUAAAGGUUUGAAGCAUAAUGCACAUACUUAUAGUACCAUGAUACAUGCAUUAUUUAGGAAAGAUAGAUUUGUUGAGGGCUGGAAGCUUUUUGAGGAUAUGGAAGCUCAACAAGUACAUCCCAACUUGCAUAUUUAUAAUAUAUUAUUGGAUGGGCUCUGUAGGAAUGGGGAGAUUGAUGAAGCUCUUUCGUUACUCCACGAGAUUAAAGUGAAAGGAUUUACUCCUGACAUAGUCACGUAUGGCUCGCUAAUUGAUGGAUUAUGCAAAAAUGGCAAACGUGAUGUUGCAAGAGAUCUUUUGAGGGAACUUCCUUCUAAAGGUUUCCAGCCUAAUGUUUGGAUAUACAGUAUGAUCAUUCAUUCACUUUGUCAAGAAGGAUCUAUGGAGGAGGCAGAACGUUUGCUUGUAGAGAUGAAGAACCGUGGCUGUGGACCUGAUCGUGUGACAUACAUCAUUAUCAUCCGAAGUUUGCUAAAGCAAAAUGAGCUUCACAAGGCAACAUCAUUCAUGGAAGAAAUGCGCCAAAAGGGAUUAUCAGCAGAUUCUCCAACCUCUUUGGUGCCAAUUGAACAGAGUGGAGAUGAUUUCUUUCUCAAAUUGAUGAUGUACCUUGCUCCCAAGGAUAUUGUGUCAUAGUCCAUUUCUUAUUGAUACGAGGUUAGUGAUAUCGACAGCGAGAUAUUAUCAUUACAGUUAUAAUAUUAUUGUGUUUUUCUGGCCAACAUACCAUUCUUUUUGCAUAAGAGACUGUAAACUUUUUAUUUUUUGGAAUGCAGUUUUGCUAAAACUUGUAUUGAAACUGCUGGUUUUUAUUUUGCUGGGUGAUGUUUGGAUAUGUCAUGCUGUGUUUGUUUUCCAAAAGCACACAUCGUCUAUAUUCAGAAUUCAUAUGUAUUUUGUCUUUAAAAGGAAUAAAAUUCUUGUGCCUCUAUUACGUUGAA